AUGUCAAAAGUUACAAAAUUAAAAUGGGCUUGUAAUAUUUGCAAAUUCAACGACAAAAAUAAAUCUCCUACACAUAUCAAUACAACGCAGAAAAAUAACCCUGUUCUCAACAAUACAAAUGAAAAUUAUCAAAAUCUAACUGAGUCAGUUAAUUAUAUGAGUGAAAAGUUUGACAGUUUUGAACAAAAGGCUCUCGAUAAUUUUGUUGAAAUUAUUGGAGUACCGGAAAUCAAUGAUGAAAACUGUUUUGAUACUGUAAAACUGAUCACAGGAAAACUGGGUGUGGAAACAACGGUCAAGAAGGCAUUUCGUGUUCCUUCAAAAAUCAAGCAUAAACCUAGGAAACUUAUAGCCGAGCUGAGCACCAAUCAAUGCAGUAACAAAAUCAUCAUCAAUUCUAGAAAACAAAAACCAAGAGGGAAUAAUUUUCACGAUAAUUGGGGUAUGGAACCAAUUUAUGUCAAUAGUCAUCUUACAUUCUUUAAUAGAAAUCUGCUGUAUAAAACUAAGGCGUUUGCUCGCGAAUUUGGUUUUAAAUUUGUCUGGUUUAGAGAAUCAAAAAUAUUUAUGAAAAAAAGUGAAGACCAAAAAGCUAUUCUUAUCGAAAACGAAACCUUUUUAACUAAUUUAAAAUAA